UUGAAUGAACAAAACCUCCCAAGCCUUCACCCUCUUGGCGGCUGCGAGCUCCUAACAACCCUCUCCCUCUCUCUCCACUCAAACCCCUAAAUCCUAUUUUUUACCUUAUUUCUAGGAGAUUUAGGGUUUUAUCUAUAAGAUCUGAAUAUCAAUUUUAUCCACUUAUGGCUACCGUUGCUCCCUCUUCUGAGAGUAUCCUUUCUCAAUUUCCUCAUCUGGAAGCUGCAGAAUUGCUGCAGAAUUUGUCAUUAGAUUCUCAAGCAAAGACCUUUGAAAUUCCUGAGCCCAACAAUAAGACUUAUGUUUACCAAUAUGGUGGCGUGGAGUCGGGCUUUCCUGCAAAUGGUCAGAUCCAGUCAUCUGAGCGGUCGGCGACACCAUUUCUACCUGAUUUAAUGGAUCCAACGAUGUGCUACCUUCCUAGUGGUUAUCCUUCUCCCGCCUAUUAUUAUGGAAGCUAUAACGGGAAUGGUAAUGAGUGGGAUGACUAUUCUAGAUAUGCAAAUACAGAUGGAGUGGAGAUGGCAUCAGGAGUUUAUGGGGAUAAUGGGCCUGUUAUGUAUCAUAAUGGUUAUGGAUAUGCACCUUAUGGCCCAUAUUCACCUGCAGCUUCCCCAGUUCCAACAUUGGUAAAUGAUGGCCAGAUAUAUGGGCCUCAACACUACCAGUAUCCUGCUUAUUUCCAGCCGCUGACACCUACUGGUGAAUCAUUCACUCCAAGUCAGGCUGUAUCGUCUCAAGGGGAGCUUACUCCCCCCUCUGUCCCUGCUGACCAAAAGUCUUCGCUGGCAGAAGCCACCAAAGUGAAUUCUAGUGCCAUUGUUAGUGGUGCACGAAAGAAGGCAAACAAUGGUUCAAUUCCCACUAAGCCAACAUAUCAAAAUUCAUUGUUGAAUUUGAAUAAUACAAAUGGAAGGGGUAUUUUGCCGGGAGGUAUACCUGCUGCUGAUUAUCAGGAUCCAAGAUUUGGCUUUGACGGGAAGUACAGAGGGACUGGCGUUGCUUCUUCAGUUUUGAAGUCUAAUAAUAUUCCAUAUCCGAGGAACUAUAGUUUCCGGCAAAAUUCCAGUUAUAUGGGAUUGCAUCACCCUGGUCUAAUCUCUGGCACGGGAUCAACUCAUGGGUACAUGAACGGGAUGUACCCAAACAAGUUUUAUGGUCAAUAUGGAAACACUUUUAGGUCUAGUAUGAGCAUUGGAUCGACUGGUUAUGAUUCAAGGAUGAAUGCAAAUGGGUGGUUGGGUGUUGACAGCAAAUAUAAACCCAGAGGGCGAGGCAUUGGUUACUUUGGUUAUCGAAAUGAGGGUAUUGAUGGUUUGAAUGAGCUAAAUAGGGGACCAAGGGCCAAGGGAUUUAAGAACCAAAAGGGUUUCACACCUGUCACAUUAAUUGUCAAGGGCCAGAAUGUGCCUUCCAUUGAAACUGUUAAUGAGAGAAAAGAUGAGAUUGCUAUUACACCAGACAAGGAACAAUAUAACAAAGCAGAUUUCCCUGAGGAAUAUAGUGAUGCUAAAUUUUUUGUUAUUAAGUCUUAUAGCGAGGAUGAUGUCCAUAAGAGCAUAAAGUAUAAUGUGUGGGCCAGCACUCCAAAUGGGAACAAGAAGCUUGAUGCAGCGUAUCAGGAGAGCCAGCAGAAAUCUGGUGGCUGCCCUGUAUUUCUUUUCUUCUCGGUUAAUACUAGUGGGCAAUUUGUUGGCCUUGCGGAGAUGGUUGGGCCUGUUGAUUUUUUCAAGAAUGUUGAAUACUGGCAACAGGAUAAGUGGACUGGUUGUUUCCCAUUGAAGUGGCAUAUUGUAAAGGAUGUACCCAACAGUUUGUUGAAGCACAUUACCCUCGAGAACAAUGAGAACAAACCUGUAACUAACAGCAGGGACACACAAGAGAUUAAGCUGGAGCAGGGACUUAAAAUGGUCAAAAUAUUCAAAGAUCAUUCCAGCAAAACAUGCAUUUUGGAUGAUUUUGGAUUUUAUGAGAAGCGGCAAAAGAUAAUUCAGGAGAAGAAGGUGAAGCAACAGCAGUUCCAGAAACAGGUACUAGAAGGAAAGCUAGAAGAUGAGAAGAAAGAACUAGCAAAUGGAUCAGACAAUGCACUGGAUGUCGUGGGUGAUGUGGCCCAGGAAUCCAUUUCAACUUCCCAGUCCAAUGGGGACUUGAAGCAUUCUGAAAAUGGGCCAGUUGCUAAAGCUGGAGAUGCCUCAAGUAAGCCACUUGCCUCAGACAAGCAGAAUGUAGCAGAUGGGAUUCUCAGUGUUUGCUAGAUGUUACCAUUCCCAGUAGUAGGGGAUUUUUUUAAGGUUUGUCCGAAGUUUUGUUGCUUGAGAGUAGAAUAUGGAGCUAAUUGCUGUGAAUGUUCGCUGAGCCAUGGAUUGCUGUUGUGGAGCUAUCUUGCUUGCUUAAAGCCUCAAUAUUUAUUAGAGGGAUGGCGCAGUCAUGUUAUUCUUCUUAAGUGAUGGGUUUGGGUGGGCUGCCUCAAAUCAAAGUGUUUCUAUGAUGCAUCUUCCAUUUGGUGGUUGGCUCCUGACAGGUUUUCAUUCCCUAUAAGUUUGUGUUUAAGGUUCUUGUUUUAUUGGCUUUUGUAUUCUUCUAUGAUUCUCUUGCUGGUUUUUAGCUUUCUUUUUCCUAUAGUUUCUGUUUUACCUGCAUGGCAAAUUUCCCGCCUUUUGAUGGUCUAGAUAUAGUUUAUCAAUUUCUGGUUAUUCAUAUUUGUAGAGAGCUAUAAGAAAGGUAGGAAAGCAUUUCAAAUACAUAGUCGAGUAAUAGGAGCUUUUCAUUUUCGCA